GCCUAACAGAGGUAAAGACUACAAGACGGACGCGAUCUUGAUACUCCACCUGCAACGCUCCCGCUAUCCAUCGAAUCAGUCGGGAAACUCACCGACAUCAGUCAACCCUCCGGAGAAAGAGGAACUCGACAACUACAAUCUCUAUCAAUAUCAAUCAUGGCAACAGAAGCACCAGCAGCAAAGGCCGCAGACGCCAAGGUCUUCGCCAUCCAACACAUGAACAAGAACCACCAAGACGCCCUGGCCCUGUACCUCCGCGUGUACAACCGCGUACCGACGCGACAAGCCAAACACGCCCAGCUAGAGGACAUCAGUCUCUCGGACCUCGUGCUAACAGCGAAGGGAACACGCUACACAGUCCCCAUCGACCCGCCCAUGAAGUCGUUAAUGGAAUUCCGCACCCGCGCCGUAGCCAUGCAGAAACACUGCCUCCAUGAACUGGGCCUAUCCGACAUCGUCGUGAAGGAAUACAGAGCUCCACACGGCUUCGCAGCCGUGAUAUUCAUCGCGUGCGCGUUUACUUUUAUUGGAUUUUCGCGCCGCGAGAAUUUCCUGCCCGGUUCAAUCAUCCAUGACUCGUUGGGUCUGGGGACUGUUCCGUCGUUUACACGGUUCUGCUAUGAUAUCCAGCCGUUGCUAUUCUGGCCGAUGCUUGCGGUGCAUUUUCUCGAGGCGACGGUGCUUGCGGUCAAGAAGUUGAGGCGUCAUCAGGUGCCGUUUUUGUCGGGGUUGUGGGUGGUGUGGUUUGCGUCGGCGGUUAUCGAGGGGUUUGGGUCGUUUGUGCGGUUUAAUCGGAUUGUGAGGGAGGAGAGGGAGAAGGUUAAGGGGGAGUAGAUAGUCCUUGUCAUUGUUAUAUCUACUAGCCUUAAUGUACUUUCUCGAAUGGCUGGUCCACAGUGAGGCAUCAUGCGUGGCCGGAUACCUUGUAGGAUUGCAUCUAUCCUACCAAGCUCUCAUCGCUGUCAUCGCGGUCCUUUUGGCGUGAGAACCCAUUUCAACGUCCCUUGCUUUGGACGUUCUCUAGCGCGUUCCCCACCGUCAUGCCGGCCAGAAAUGAUGCCUACGGUGUCAUCGCCGGUCUGAACCCUGAUCGUUGCUUCUUACACUUGGUGCUCCCAGGCUGACACUAACUCGGAGGUGGCUACAAUUGCGUACCGUGAGUAGAGAUUAUAUUAUCCGUUAGAGGCGUGUAUUUGCGCUCACUGGUCUCAUACUGCGAUAUCUAGUUUGGUCUUUUGAUUUGGCUA